AGCUAGCGAUCGUCGCCCAAGCGCGCGGUUUCUUAGUCCUCAGCUUUGGACCGGGCAGCGUAGCUUUGAGGAGUGAAGAGAGUACGCAGUUACCCCACAAUGUCUGGUGAGUUAGGUCAGCCUCAGGCCGGCCCCUCACAUGCCGGGCUAGAUUUUCCGAAUCCUGAGAGAAAUCGGGCUGGGGUCCCGGGAGGGGUGAUCCGAAGGGCCGGUGCCCAUGGGCGCAGGUCCUGGAUCCAAAAGGUUCUUGAGCAGAUAACGGAUUCACCUCUGCAGUGGGUCACCCCGUCGGAGGUGGUGCCUGUCGCUGUGCUGGCCGUCCAGAGGUACCUGUUAGAGGAUGAGCCACGCGACACGAUACCCAAACCUCCCCUUUACUGCUAUGAUGUGACGAUCUCGGACGGGGUGUACCAGGAGAAGUGCUACCUGGACCCCAGCCUGAACUUUCUCGUAUAUAAAAAUAUUCUUAAAGUUGGCAUAGAAAUGAAAAUUUCCAGAGUCUCGUGUCUUUACAACGAGAAAAGAUUAGGCCAGGGGAUCCUGUGCAUAGAUAACGUCCACUGUGGGGAGACCCUGGAGGCUAUUUCUCUAGAAACUCCAUUCAGAAAUAGUGCGCACGAGGAGGUACCGGAGAGGCCUUUAAGAGGCGGGAAGAGUCAUUACCUGGCCCUGUGGAAUAACGAAGAUCCAUAUGGAGAUAUUUGGUUAACCAACAAGCAACCCGAGGAACACAAUUUUAACAAUACCAAAAUAAUUUCCCUAUCUCACCUUGAAAUGACCUGGGCUAACAGAAGGAAUUUUCCUGCAUUGCUUGUGAGAAUCUUACAUAAAUCGAAACUGCGAUACUAUGGAAAACCUGAUAAAAAGAUGAUUGAGCCGUACCAGACCUUUUUAGAAGUUGCUGACAGUUCAGGCACGGUGUCUGUGAUUAUGUGGAAUGCCCUGUGUCCUGAAUGGUAUAAAAGUUUGCGGGUUGGUUUAGUUCUUCUGCUUCAGGAUUAUUCUGUUAAAAAGAGUUACCCAUUCAGGAUGCAGCCUCUACCGGUGGAUCCACAGAUCAAACUAAUUUCUACAAUGGAAAUCUGCCUGAACCUUCGAGAUCCUCCAACUAACAUAAUUAUCAUUCCAGAAAAGCAGGUGAAACCUGAAUGGAGAUUGCCAAAAUUAAAUCACCGCUUUAUCACAAGGUCAGAACUGGAUGAUAUGCCAGAAAAUCACAUCUGUGAUGUUAUUGGCAUUUUAGUUUUUGUAGGAAGGGUCCAGCGGUCAAAAAAAAAAGAAAACCGUGAAGAUUUUUGGUCAUAUCGUUGGAUUCACAUCGCUGACGGGACUUCAGAACAGCCAUUUAUAGUGGAGUUGUUUUCUACAUCUCAGCCAGAAAUAUUUGAGAAUAUUUACCCAAUGACCUAUUUCGUGUGUACACAGUUGAAAGUUGUCAGGAAUGACACUCAAGUACCUAAACUGCUUUACCUAACCACUACAAAUGAGAGCCGAGUGUUUAUUACUGGUCAUAGAGGCCAGCCAUAUACCAACGACACCAAGGUAAAAAACUUUAUUCAUUGGAUUAAAACAAGGACCGAUUCUGAGGAAGUGAAGAAUACUGUUAUUGGUGGAUAUUACCCCUAUCCACCAGUGCCAGAGACAUUUUCAAAGUAUAGUAGUUCUGUCAAAGUUGAGUCGCUCUUGACAGCUAUAAGUGAAGUGAGGAAGGAGAUUGAAGACUUGCAGUAUAGGGAACAAAAGCGCAUUGCAAUUCAGGGAAUAAUUACGGUUAUAAAGUAUAUCCCCCAUGCCAGUGCAACUGAAAGUGCCUCAGCAUCAGAAACACUUCGGAAUGCUAACCGACCCUCAACAUCCCAAGCAGCUAGGAGAGAAAAUCAAAGUCAGGAAAGAGAUAAUAAUAAACGGCAUCAAGAUGAUGAUCCUAUGAGCUCUCAGUGUUUUCAAACUGCAUAUACAAGCUUGAGCCCUACCAAGAAAAAAAGAAUUCUGCAAGGGCCAUAUGCCAAACUGGUUCCCGUACCUCAGCCAGAAACUUCUGCACAGACAAAAGGAAAUAAACCAGACAUGCCAAGCAUUUUCCAACGUCGAGAAAGUGCAAGUACUAGUACCGCAGGGAAAGCCAGAAAAACUAUAAGCGAUAGGUGGGAAAGUCAGCUCUGGAGAGAGAAAAAGUUUGGCUUAAUAGAUCACCUGCAUUACAGCCAUGUUUAUCCUGAAAGUAUUCCACGGAAAUUUAUUUUCGAGCAGAGAAAGUUUCUUACUGAGCAGUUUAAUUCUCAGCCUGCAAAGUACAUACCACCAGAGGGAAGGCCCCCAAACCUUGAUGACUUUAAGAGUGCCCGGAGCCUUGGACAUUUUGAAGUAACCAUCCUAGGUCUGAACCAUGAGAUCGCAAUUGAUGUUGCAUUCCUGCCCAUGUAUUGUCCAGAAGAUCUCCGAACAUCUCAAAUCGACACAUUACUAACCUGCAUGAAUUACAGCUGUGUGUAUCCGCAGGAUGGACCUGGAAAUGACACACUGGCAGGUCCAAGAGCACUUGCAGGUGAUAUUAUAAAGGCUGUGAGUAAACUGGAUAGAGUGCAUAUCGUCGGUAUCUUGGAUAUCUGUAAUUUGGGUAACAAUAAAGUAGAAGUCUACCUGCACAGAAUUUAUAGCCCAACUAAUACUUCUUAAAAAUUGGCAAGUGAAACGAUUACAGGUUAUAAGGAGGGCACUGCUUUAAAGAUAUUCUGUCAUUUUGUUGGUAAUUUCAGCAACCGUUUUUCGGCAAGAAUAUUACAUACGCUCUAAAGUUAUUAAGUGGUUUUAUGUUCACCUUGUGUUUGAAGCUAACACACUUCAUUUUAAGUUCAUUACUGAAAAGUUCAUCGAAACAGUUUUUGUGUAUCAAGAAAAUCUACCUUACUUCUAUAUAUUAUCUUGUAAUAAUUUGUGUUCACUAUUCUAUUUGUGAAGUGCUUUUAUUCUCAAGCCUCAGCCGAAGGCAUCCUGACUUACAAGAGUAACUUCUCGUGAAUAUUUAACAUCCUUCCACUUUUAUUCACCUAUAGUGGGAAAUUCUGAAUUGCUAAUUUGAAGAUUAAAUUCUCCUAAAGUGGUCAACCUGCAUUUUUCAUGACUGUGGUGGUUACUGUCAUUUUCAAAAAGCACACAUGGAUUGUUACUGUCCAGUUGCCUUGGUCCUUAGUUUGGUCAGCUGUACAAUGAGUGUGUUAAAUUGUCUUAAGACUUUCCACUCUUUAUUGUGACUUCUUAUCCUUUGACUUUCUAAAUGUUUUGACCAGUGCGUGAACUUAAAAGCCAGAGAGGCUACAGUAGGUCUCUAUUUUUGCUGUAUUCAUUUGUAGUUUUGGUACAUGUAAUGUGAGUUUAAAUAGUGAAAUUUUAUCUCAUAUUAACAUUUUAAGUGUGCAUAUUGAAAAUAUAAAACAGAGACUAAGGGGAUUUUAUUCUGGUUAUCUGUUAUACUUCGUUUUAACUGUAAAUCGCCAUUCCACAUUUGCGAAGCCUUGUGGUUGACAAUUAUGUGGUUAGAUGACCAAAAUGACCAUCACGAGUUAAAAAGUAUUCAGUGUCAAGAUCAAUCUGAAUCUAGUUAAGCAAUUACCUUGUGGGUUUUCUUCUAGCCCUAUGGUUCUGUGACUUCAUACACUAUAUAUUUUAAAUGUUUGGGGCAGCUCAUGAAUCUAAAGACAGAUGCUGUACUUUGUUCAUAAAUGCAUUCAGCCUUUUGUUCCUUAUAAUUGUGUUUAAAUGUUAAUUAAA